AUGGCCCUUGCCACAGGGCCUGCCGCUGAAUCUGUCACCUCCGAGCUCACUGCUGUGGUCACAGGGCCUGCCGCUGAGUCUGCCUCCUCCGGGUUUACUGAUGUGGGCGCAGGACCUUCCGCUGUGUCUGACCCCUGUGGGCUUACUACUGCUGUCACAGGGCCUCCCGUUGGGUCUGCCACAUCUGGGAGUACUGGCUUUGUAUCAGGUUUGCCCGAGGACGAUUCCUCUGGUAGCGCUUCCCCUGGGGAAGGAUCAACUCAAUGCACCAACGAAUCCUCAGGCGAGACAGUCUCGCCUGUGGACGCACAGGUAACUUCUCCGGGAGGCACCGACAUGCAAUCAGGAGAAAAGCUGCCUCGUCCGCAUGGUACAGGGGGCACAACGGUUCUCUUCAGGCACGUAGGCCAACGGGGCAGCAACGUAGCUUAUAUGGUCGUGGGUAGUGAGAUUUCGGAUCCCCAGGAGAGCAUAGACACUUUCAAACCCAAAGAAGUUGCGGAGAAACUGGGAUUUGAGUUGCUCAUGUUGGAUGCAAUGUUUGCGGCGAGCGAGGUAAUAGGAGCAAAGGCCAGGCGCGCAGAUUGGUGGCAAAAUGUCAUUGACAAGCUCCCAGUUUUCAUGGGCCCGACGGAGUCUGCUUUGUCACGUCCUGCGGCACAACAGAAUAUCAGUUUAAUUCGGUUUUUGGACCAUGCUCUGCAGUUUUAUCAAUUGGGCUUGCGCCCUCCAGCAUCGCUUUUGGUUCCGUUGAAACAAGUUCUCCUGUGCACGUCUGCGGUGCCGCCCUUCACGAAAGGUCCAUGGGCAAAGUUCAGGAAUGAUGAUACUGACUGGCACCAGUCCCAAUGA